AUGCACACCGGCUUUGCUAAAGGCUGGGAAGAGACCUCGGAUUCGAUCAAAGACACCAUAAACAAAUAUCACAAGCUGUACCCAAGCUUCCGCCUACUUGCCACAGGUCAUUCCCUUGGUGGCGCGGUGGCGACUAUUGCCGCUGCCUACCUACGCGCUGAUGGAUUAUCAAUCGAUGUCUAUUCCUACGGCUCACCACGCGUUGGCAAUCCCGAAUUUGCUAAUUUUGUCACGAGGCAGCCUGGUAAUACAUAUCGUAUUACGCAUGGUACAGAUAUUGUUGCCAAGGUCCCCCCUCUAAUUUUCGGUUAUGCACAUACGUCUCCUGAGUAUUGGAUCAGCAACGUAUCUGCUACGGAUGGCGUCCAUGACUAUAAACAGAGCGAUAUUUUCGUAUGCACAGGUAUUGCAAAUCCUGACUGCAACGUUGGCACAUCGACUGUUGGGAGAUAUGACCAUUCCGACUAUUUUGGAAAGAUCGACGGAUGCAAGUCCACCUUUCCUGGGUUCGGCAAGCGAGCCGAAUCCGUGGACGGCAUUGAGCUUACAGACCAGUUGAUGGACAUGGUAGCGAAGGACCGGGCUAUGGCGAAGCACAGCGCUGAGAUGAGAAACGCGAUACUAGGAGGAGGGCAGGUUCCAUCGUCACCUAAACCGACAGCCGGGAAUAACAGGGUAGAACCACACGCAACCAACGGUGACGAUCAUCAACGGCAGACGAUACAGCCGGCAGCAAAGCAGCAGGCACGGAAAGCUCCCGCGUUUGUCUUCUACGGUGACACCCUAUGGCCGGCCGAGGCCAAGCGACAGGGCGGAUUCACCACGCCGGCUGAUAUCCUGGCUCAAUCCGGCAUUCCGGCCGCGGCAUACUCCUUGCGAACACACCUCAACAGACAAAACAUGGCACUCCAGCCAGAGACCUAUUUCCUCUCAACCUAUGAAACCUUCGGGCGGCAGCCAGGAUGCGGCAGCCAAGGCAGCCAAGUGGGGUGGAGCGUCAAACCCGGGAACGAGGUCGCCACCGCCGGAGGCAUCCUCUGGUCGCAGGUUUCUGCCUGGACCCAGGUGCCUCGUAGCUAUGCUCUUCCCGAGGAGGUGCCGAAAACCAAGCAGGAAUUGCACGAGCACUUCAUCAAAGCGUAUACCGAGAGACCUAAGCAAAUGUUCAACAAGAACCCAGACUAUAACACGACAUUCGACCGGUAUACUACUAACGAAAAUUCGAAGCUGCUGGACUCCAAGGAACCUAAAGAAGACUUCCUGAAUUUCAUGAGCGGAUUUGGGAGCGCCGUAGGCUUCCAUGGGAAACUCCCUCUUCUUCUUCCGGCGCCGGAAACAUUUGACGGUCAAAAAUCUGCGGAAGCUAAGGAGAUGAAUACUGUGCCUGCGCCGCACGAAGAAGGAGUCUUUGCAAAGAUAGGCCACUUUAUCUGGAAUCACCCCAUUGCGGGGUGGGAGGCAGCAGAUGUCGCCGAACUCGCCGCUCUAAGCGCCGAUACUAUCGAGGCCGCCGGGGUGAUGGCUGAAAGCACAACGGUAGUCACGGAAGUUACACCACUGCUCGAAGGGGGGGUAACAGCAGGUAGUGGUGACAUAGAGCUUGAGAACCUGGCAUUAAAUGGCGUAUAA